AACAAACUUCAACUCAAUCACAACAUACAAAAAUGUCGGACGAUUCAAAGAAACCAGCCCCUACUUUCAAGGAAAUUAUGAACAAAUCUGCGGCUUCUGCCAUUCGUGGCGGAACCGCAGGUGCCGUGGCCAUGGGAGCCAACGUUGCCGCUCUCAUGUGGAUGAGAACUACCGUGAGUAUGCUAUGACAAAUGCACAAAGUGAAACACGCCAAGUGACAAGGAGAAACAUACCAGGGAUUGUAAAGGAAAACCAAAGGAAAACCGAAUCCUUUCAGUCGAGUUGACCAGCAUCCCGUCGAGUUCUUAUUUCGCGAGCUGUGAUCCUUUUUUCACCGACCCGGUGUGCAAUCGACUUAAUGCUUGACUGCCUAUCUGACUACUUGCCAUCUGGAAAACACCCUACGAUAGAAUGCAGGAUCAAAAACAACAACACUAACAACACAAUGAACUGUUUAUUUUCUCCUUGUAUGAUUGAUCGUUUGUCUUUGCCGUAAUAAUGAUUGUGGGUGAUUCUUUCCUUCUCGAACGGUCGUACAAACGAUUGAAUGCACAAUUUGUUCGGCUCUCUGCUUGUGGAAAAUUUUAUCCGUGAUGAAAUUCGCGACACGGUGCCUCUACACACGCCAUCGCCCAAAAACGACACACCUUGUUUUGUGGUUUCAACAAAACUAACGUCGAUGCCUACGGAUGUACACCGCAAUUGGUAUUUUUGUUACGCCUGCAAUUCAAUACAACACGCCAAUACAAAUGCAAUCGAUACGAUGUGAUUAGGUCAACUACCAAUACCGCAAUGGCGGAACCUUUUUGGGGGCCUUACGCCACCUCUACGCCGACGGGGGUAUUCCGCGGUUCUACAGGGGUGUCCUCCCCGCGUUGGUCCAGGGGCCCAUGUCCCGGUUCGGUGACACGGCCGCCAACACCGGUGUCUUGACCCUCCUCAACCAAAUCGAAACUACUAAGGACCUCCCGGUCGCCGCGAAGACCGCGGCCGCCUCUGCGGCCGCCGCCGGCUGGAGAAUCUUUCUGAUGCCCGUCGACACCGUCAAGGUACGUUGUUCACAUUGAAUCCUACCUGAUCUUGCUUUGUUUCAUCUUGUUGGUUCUGACACGUUCCGUUCUUUCAAACGUUAUUCUUCGCAUUUCAUUUUUUUGGGCAAACCACAAUAUCUAACCACAACAAACGAAACACACACAACAAUAAACGCCGUGGUACUCCAUUUGAAUCAAUAUCAUUUCAUUAUAUUUUGAUUCUUCAAUCGAAAUGAUAUCAAUGCACUGUCUUCACACACUUUUUUGUUGGUUGAACCAAAUUGAUUGACAAACUUUUCAUAAUAUUGCCAACGAACAAAUAUCUAUCGAUUGAUCCGUCAUUGAACUGUAAACAAUUGCAAUCACUGUCGUGACUUGAAUGUCUUUCCAUCUCUAUCGGUCUGCAACCGUACCACCACCAUCCAUGUACGCAACAACCUCUACAACAAACGUAUGCAUUGCUUCUCUAUUUGCAUUGAAAACAUUUCGAUUUGCAGACAACAAUGCAAGUCACUGGCAAGUUCUCCGCCGUUACGGACAAGGUCAAGGCCAAUGGACCACUAGCACUUUACAACGGGGCUCUUGCUGCCGCCUCGGCCACAUUUGUUGGCCACUACCCCUGGUUCUUCACCUACAACUUUUUGAGCGCCACCAUCCCCAAGCAGGACGAUCAGCUCUCCGAGCUUGGACGCCGGGCCAUCCUUGGGUUUUGCUCGUCGGCCGUGAGCGACACCUGUUCGAACUCCAUCCGUGUCUGCAAGGUUUAUAAGCAGUCGUAUCCCGAGCAGAUCACGUACACCCAGGUUGUUCGGAACGUGAUUCAGGAGUCUGGUAUGAGUGGGUUAUUUUUCCGGGGACUCGAAACAAAAAUCCUUGCGAACGGUAUGCAGGGAAUAUUGUUCAGUAUCUUGUGGAAGCACUUUGAGGAGGCGCUCUUUCCCAAGAAGAAAUAAACAUUAUGUUUCUUGGAGUAGAAGAAAUCAAGCAACGCAAGUGAC